AUGUCAUCAUCCGAACCGAAUUCGCAUACAAAUGCACAAUGGGUUGAAAGAAAUUUACAAAGACAGGUUUUUUUUGUUUACACAUAACUCAACUCUCAUUUGGGAAUAGUUUAUCAUUUCUACUUACAGUAAUCCUGGAUAAUUAUAGCUUUCAAAAAAAUCCAAAAGCACUACUAAUUCAUUUUGUUUUGCAGCGAAAAAUGCUGGAAGACAAACAACGUCAAAAGCGUUUUCAAGUUGGCGGAGGAGUUCGAGCAAAUCCAACAUUUGGCCAAUCGCCAUCUUUCAUGUCUGAUUAUUCACUUUAUAGCAGUAGUAGUGGCAAUGCUUCGAUGCCUUUUGCAAUUGAACCCGAGAGAAUUACACCGACUGUUGUGACUAUUCAAUCGACUAUUCCAAGAUUGGAACCGCCUCCGAGACAUGUUCCUGUUUCGAAAAGUUUGAUGUGAGAAUGCUUGUUUUUUUGAACAUUGGGGAUGGUUUUUAGAAUUAGCUCUGCAGAUCCUAUGUAUACUGUAGCUCAGCCACCCAUAGAUCAACCCUAAGGUACUGUAGAGUGGUCAUUUGAUACUGUAUAUUAGCCCCGAGAUAUUGUAUUGGAAUUACUCCAAGAAGACUAAAGAUACUCUGGAUCAGGCACCUUUGGAGUCAGAUACUGUAGCCCCCAGUUACUGUAGAUCAACCAUAUCGGCCUAAAAUUGGAAACACUUGGGAACAAUUUUUCUUCCGAGUAGUACAGUAAAAACCAUUUGCAGAGAUUUCGAGAACGAAUCCGAACUUUCUGAUAAACUAAACAAAGCCGAUUUGAGUAAAUGUGUUGCUUCUGAUGACGAAGAUGAUGAAGAUUCAGCAUCGAUGGUCAAAGAUCAUUGGAGUGAAGGAAUUGAAGAGCACACUUUGCCAUGUGAAAAGUUGCCAGAUAUUGCGGAAAUUGAGAAAGAUAAAGCGAGGUAACAAUGUUUUCCAUAAAAAUAUUUUCUAAUAAUAAUAUCAAUAAUAUUUUGUGUUCACUUUUCAGAUUUGUGGAAGAACCUGCAGCUCGAAACACAAUUUAUAAAUGUUCAAUAACUCGAGACAAACGAGGAAUGGAUAAAGGAAUGUAUCCGACAUAUUAUCUACAUCUUGAAUAUCAUAUAAAUGAGGAGCGGAAACGAUGUUUUUUGCUUGCCGCGCGGAAACGGAAGAAGAGUACAACAGCGAAUUAUUUGAUCUCUUCAGAUCCGUUGGAUUUGAGUAGAGAAGGAGAGAAUUAUAUUGCGAAGGUUCGAUCGAAUGCGUUGGGAACACAGUUUACACUUUAUGAUCGGGGACAUAAUCCGAGAAAGACUCAUGAUACUUUGGCUAUUAGACAAGAAUUGGCUGCUGUUGUUUAUGUAAGGAUUAGGCCUUCUCAGACUUUUGAGACCCAUUUCCCGAAAGCAACACCAUCCCUCUAAACUUUGAAAUUCAGGAAACAAAUGUGCUUGGUUUCAAAGGCCCUCGAAAAAUGACAAUUUUGGUGCCUGGGUUGUUGGAAAACGUCAAACUCAUACCCAGUGAACAAGAACCAUUUGUCAGAAAAAGUAUUCGACCAAUUGUGGUAAGAGAACCUUCCUUCCUUUUUUCUUCUUGAAUUUUAUGAACAACAAACAAUUCAGGAUCGAGAUACUUUGGUUGAACGACAUCGAUUGAGAAAUUUGGGUGAUUUGGUGGUUUUGAACAAUAAAAAUCCGGUUUGGAAUGAGGAUACUCAAUCUUAUGUGCUCAAUUUUCAUGGAAGAGUUACACAGGCUUCGGUUAAGAAUUUUCAAAUUAUUCAUGAAAAUGAUCGUGAGUUGGAGGGAAAUUAUUGGGGAAAAAAAUCCGAUGCAGCUUCUUUUGGGCUCUAAAACAUUCUAGGAAUAAAUUUAUAGAGGUUCUGUGAAAUUUCAAAAUUUAUUUUUGAAGCCUAAUAAACAGUCCUCAGUGCUAGCCUAGGAGCCAUAACCUCCACCUUAAAUUUUCAGCUGACUACAUAAUCAUGCAAUUCGGCCGUGUUUCUGACGAACAUUUUUCAAUGGACUUCCGUUAUCCUUUAUCAGCUCUUCAAGCUUUUGGAAUCGCAAUGACUAGUUUCCAUGGAAAACUUGCAUGCGAAUAA